AUGCCUAUUGCAAAAGCCGAAAAGUCGGAGGCCGAGCCUGAGCAGGCAAGCAAAAUUAUUGUGACCGCCCAGCAGAGUCGUUUUCACGAGACCGAUGAUUCUGCCCUCAAGGACAUUGAUAUCAAGGAUCUGACCAUUAACGUUGGAAAGAAGGCCAUCCUCCAGCAUACGCGCCUUGUCCUCAAAGCGGGUCUUCGCUACGUGUUUGUCGGCAGGAAUGGCCUAGGCAAAUCAACCGUACUGAAAGCUCUGGCCGAACGACGUAUUCCAGGAAUUUCACCAGAUAUCCGUAUCCUGCUUCUGGACCAGACCAUGCUUGAGCAGAACCAAAAGUAUAUGCUCUUAUCUCAUGAAGCCGAAAAGAAAUCCGUGUUGAGCAACGUCGUAGCGAAUGACCGUGUCCGUCAGCGUCUUCUAGACGACUCUAAGAAGCUUUCAGAGGAGCUACAGCAGGAUAGCACGGAUUCCACCAAGCUCUCCCGAAUUUAUCGACAACUGGAGGUGGAGAAAGCACACAGAGACCUGGAAGCUGCUCGUCUGGUUGCCGAUCACAGAUCAGGAGCAAGAGGUUCAAAAGCACGUCAAGAGUUACUACAAAAAGAAGCUGCAGUUGAGCAGAUGCAGAAGUUGCUAUCUGAAGUAUCCGAAACCUCGGACGUCAACGACGAUGUCAAUGCCGCAAUCUCUAUGCUCGAGUCCAUGCAGAUUGAGCUCGGGUCUAUGGGUUCAGCUACAGUCGAAGCUCGAGCUCGGACUGUACUCGUUGGUCUGGGCUUUUCGGCUGAGCAGAUAGAUGGUCCAAUGAAUAAGCUCUCAGGAGGCUGGCAAACUCGAGCGGCUCUGGCUGCUGCUUUGAUACAGAAGACCGAUAUCCUGCUAUUGGACGAGCCUACCAAUUUCCUCGAUCUUCCAAGUGUGAUCUGGCUCCAGCAUUACCUCACAACCGAUCUUGCUGAAGGCACUACACUCGUAGUCACAACCCACGAUCGAGACUUCGCUGAUGCGAUUGCUGAACGCCUACUUAUCCUUCGAGUCACACCACCAAGUACCCUGGAGACGUUUACAGGUACACUAUCCGACUAUCAUAUCGAGUCAAGGAAGCAAUAUCGUCGGAUGUUGAAAAUGUCAGAUGCAUUGAAUCGACAGAAGGACCAUAUGAAAGCCACAAUUGACAAGUCCAUUGGUGCAGCGAAGAAGUCAGGAGAUGACAAGAAACUUAAACAAGCCGCCUCCCGAAAGAAAAAGCUAGAGGAACGUACGGGUUUAGAGGUCAGUGCCAAGGGAGGCCGCUUCAAGCUUAAUCGUGAUCUCCUAGGGUAUCAUACCACAGCCCGGGCUGACAUUGACGUACCAGAAUUUGACCCGCCAGUUGUGGUUGCACCAAUACCCGAUCCGCCCGUUCUGCGAAACCCAGGUUCUCUGGUGAGCUUCGAAAGUGUCGAUUUCACGUAUAGCGGCGCCAAGAAAGCAACCUUGAACAAAAUUGACCUGGUCAUUCAUCCUGGCUCACGUACCGCCCUAGUGGGCCUCAACGGUAGUGGCAAGAGUACACUCGUCAACAUCAUGACUACUGACUUUAGCUCUGCUAGUUCGUGUCCAGGCAAGCUGUCAGGUACAUUGGCUCUUCACCCACAAGCACGUAUUGCGCACUACACACAGCACGAGACAUCACGUCUUCUUGCUCAUGGCCAGGCUCAUCCAGAUUUGACCGCACUGGCUUAUCUACAGACGUUGUAUCCUUCCGUCGCAGAGCAACCACUUCGAGCAUUACUCUCUGGGUUGUCGCUAUCAUCUCAAGCUCAAGCGAAUGCCCCAUUGCGAGCACUGUCUGGGGGACAGCUAGUGCGUGUUGGUCUGGCACAAGCUCUUUUGCCGACGCCACCUCAUUUGCUCAUCCUCGACGAACCGACUACUCACCUCGAUGCUGACAGUAUUGUGGCUCUGAUCAGGGCCUUGAAGACAUUCACAGGCGCUCUCUUGGUGGUGUCCCAUGACCGUUUCUUCAUUCGCUGUGUAGUCGAAGGUCAAAUUGUCAAUCAAGCUUCGACGGCCAAUGGCGAUGAGACUCAGGAAGAUGAUAGCGACUCUGAUGACGAGAGUAAUCAUGUUGGCAAGGUCUAUCGACUUACAAGAACAAGUGGCAGGAUGAUACAACUGGAAAGAGGUAUGGAUGAAUAUGAGGAAAUUGUGAUUAGACAGCUCGCUAAGAAUGGGAUCGAGGUAUGA